AUGGAGAGCUGCCGGGCGCUGGCGCUGUGCGCCGUGGCGGCCGCGCUGCUGCUGAGCGCCCGCGGGCACGGAUCGGCCCCGCCGCGCCGAGUCCGCGACCUGGGACAGCCCGGAGGCGGCGGCGCCUCCCGGGAGAAGGAGCUGAUCGAGGCGCUGCAGGAGGUGCUGGAGAAGCUCAAGAGCAAGAGGGGACCGCACUACGAAAAGAAGUUCGGGCAGGUGCCCAUGUGCGACGCCGGGGAGCAGUGCGCCGUGAGGAAAGGGGCUCGCAUCGGGAAGCUCUGCGACUGCCCCCGGGGCACUUCGUGCAAUUCCUUCCUCCUCAAGUGCCUGUAAGCAGGGGCGCCCCGGGGCAAGUMACCGGGGAGCUCAGGCACCGACGCCCGGCACCCCGACGUGCCGGCGACUGCCCGCAGCUCCUCCGCCCGAGGAACGCGGCGAGAAGCCCCCGCGUCGCCCGUGUA